AUGUAUAUUUAUAUUUACGGCAUUGUUCUCCUUUUAGAUGAGGUAUUGUUCUCUUUGACCAGUUCUUCAGCUCUGUCGGUGUCUGGAUCUCAGGACUGGGUUGACUGUGUGAAGGCCAGCGACAUGUGUAACCAGAGCCCACAGUGCAGCUCUCGCUACCGCAUCAUGCGCCAGUGCCUAGUGGGCAGGGACCGGAACACCAUGCUGGCUAACAAGGAGUGCCAGGCCGCACUGGAGGUGCUGCAGGAAAGCCCCCUGUUCGAAUGCCGCUGUAAGCGCGGGAUGAAGAAAGAGCUCCAGUGUCUUCAGAGCUACUGGAGUAUCCACAUGGGCUUGACUGAAGGUGAAGAUUUCUACGAGGCGUCCCCGUACGAGCCAAUGACGCCUGUUCGUCAUUCUGAUGCGUUCCGCCUGGCCUCCAUCAUCUCAGGCAUAAACUCCGGCACCGGAAAAGGACAGCCCCACUGCACUGACCCCAGUCACCCCUGUAACCCCUGCCUGGACGCCACUAAGGCCUGUAACCUUAACGACACCUGUAAGCGCCAGCGCUCCGCCUACAUCUCCACCUGCAACAGGCCUCCGAACCAGCAGCAGCAGCCGCAGCAGCAGCAGGAGAGCUGCAACCGCAAGCGCUGCCACAAGGCUCUGAGGCUGUUCUUCGAGCGCGUGCAGACCCAGUACAGCUACGGCCUGCUCUUCUGCUCCUGCAGGGACCAGGCGUGCGCCGAGAGGAGACGUCAGACCAUCGUGCCGUCCUGUUCGUAUCAGGACAAGAGCAAGCCCAACUGCCUGCAGCUACGCAAGACAUGCCGCCUGGACCCUCUCUGCAGGUCAAGACUGGCUGAUUUCCACAUGAACUGUCAGAUGAGCCCCCACUCUGACAGCGGCUGCCCCAACGAUGACUACCAGGCCUGCCUGGCCUCCUACACCGGACUCAUCGGCACGGACAUGACUCCCAACUACGUGGACGCGAGUCACGGAAACUUCACCAUCUCACCCUGGUGCUCGUGCAAAGGGAGCGGAAACCAAGAGGAGGAGUGUGAAAAAUUUCUCCAGGAUUUCAGAGAGAACACUUGCUUAAGAAACGCCAUCCAGGCUUUUGGUUACGGGACGGACGGCGUGGUUCCGAAACCCGGGACUCUUCCUCCCGUACCCUCGGUCAAAGCUGACCUGGACACCUCCGUCAGUCCUGCCAAGACGACCCCCAACCCCAGCGACGACACCUGUGUCUUCUCCACCUGCGGUCGACAGUUCAAGGGAAGCUCUAUGGUGAACUUGGAACGUGGAGAUAAAUGUAACCCAUCAAAGGACUACAUGUGCGCGGUUCAGCAACCUACUAGUCCCAGACUGGUCGAAGAAGAUCCAGAAAACUCCGCGUCUGGCCUCUCGGCCCAUCUCUGGCUGUGGAUGGUCUGCGUGAUUUGUGCUCUCGGAACCCUGGCCAUAUAA